GAAAAGAGAAAAAGAAAUAUAUAUAUAGAGAGCGAGUUUGAAUAUGUGGAGAGUCUUAACACGGUCACAACACAUCAGGGCCGUAAUGUGCUGUCCAUGGUGCUGAAAAAUAAUUUCUAGCUCUCUGUUAAAUGAUUCAACAGCGCAUAGAGUUUAAACCAAAGCAACUGGCUGCCUUGGAAGCAACAUAUUAUAUUUUCAUUAUUAUCUGCAUUUCACUUCUUGUACCACGUGGCGUCAGUGUUGAUCCAUCAGGGACAGCGCUACUCUCUGAUACUACUAAGCCCCUCCUGUUUUCAGGCGAUAGGAAUGUUUCUUCAGUCUUUGUUAUAAAGAGGCAGAGGACGGUGGAACAAACACUGGAUUUUCCAACCACAUUAAAACCUCACCUCAGCUGAUAUCUUCCAUAUAGUGCAUUGACAAUACUGAACAUAAUUAUGCCUUCGCCUUGCAGAUGGAGCUAUUUUGGGAUAUAUCUGUGUCUUUUUCUUCUGGAUUGUUAUUGGCAAACGGUGUCUGGGCAGCUCUCCUAUUCCGUCUCAGAGGAGCUAAACCCGGGUAGUCCGGUUGGAAAUAUUGCAAAGGAUCUAAACCUUAAUUCACAAGAGUUGGAAUCCCGCAUGUUCCAGAUUGUUACUGGAUCAAAAAGGAAAUAUUUCGAGGUAAAUCUAAAGACUGGUGUUCUGUAUGUCAGUGAGAGAAUAGACAGAGAGGAGCUCUGUGCAGAGGAACUGAAAUGCUCAGUAAGUGUGGAGGCUGUAAUUAAUAACCCUUUGAAGCUUUAUCGUAUUGACGUAGACAUUUUAGAUGUAAAUGACAACGCCCCAUUGUUUACAACCAAAUUACAGAAUUUGUAUAUCGCAGAGAGCACGUUACCAGGAGUGAAAUUCGCAUUAUCUGAAGCAAGUGAUGCAGAUGUGGGGAGGAACGGCGUCAGUACUUACAAAUUGAGCCAGAAUGAGCAUUUCUCCUUGGCCGUGCACAAAGCAGGGGAUCGUGCGUCUGCUGAGUUAGUGCUGCAGAGAGCGUUAGACCGAGAGAAGCAGCCUGUCAUCACCAUGACGCUGACGGCUAUAGAUGGAGGGAACCCUGCGAAAUCAGGCACCUCACAACUUAUUAUUAAUGUUUUAGAUAUUAAUGAUAACAUUCCGAUAUUCAGUGAAACGUUGUAUAAGACAAGAAUCCCCGAAAACACGCCCGUGGGUACAACAGUAAUCGCUGUGAACGCCACGGACGCAGAUGAGGGCCUGAACAGUGAGAUUGUGUAUUCGCUGAGAAGCAAAGAUCAAGAUCGCGUGCUUGAUAUAUUUGAAAUUGACAGUCAAAGUGGUGUCAUUAAGGUAAAAGGCAAUAUAGACUUUGAGGAGAGAAAGGCGUUUGAGAUACGCGUGGAGGCAAGUGAUAAAGGCCAGCCUCCCAUGUCUGCUCACUGCAAGGUGCUGGUAGAAGUGGUGGACCUGAACGACAACGCUCCUGACAUCACUGUGACGUCACUGCACAACACAGUGAAGGAGGACGCGGGUGUCGGCACCGUGGUUGCGCUGGUGUCAGUCCUCGAUAGAGAUGGGGGGAAAAACGGUGAAGUGAAAAUCCAGAUUAAAAACGAGGUGCCACUCAAACUCGAGACAAACUACAAAAACUAUUAUUCUCUGUUAGUUGCCGGACCCCUCGACAGAGAGACCGUCACUAGAUACAACGUCACCAUCGUGGCCACAGACUCAGGAGCCCCGCCUCUCUCCAGCACCAGUGUAGUUUCUAUACAAGUUUCCGAUGUGAACGACAACGCGCCGCUGUUCCCAGAGCCGCUGAUUAAUGUGUACGUGAACGAGAACAGUCCAGUGGGAGCAGUUAUUAAAAAGGUGACUGCUACUGAUGCGGACAUUGACCAGAACAGUCAGGUGACCUACUCGUUUUUACAAAGUAACAGUAACCCACUACGGUUAUCUACAAUGUUUAACAUCAACUCAGAAACAGGAGAUAUAGUCAGUCUGCAGUCUUUUAACUUCGAGGAGUUGAAAACGUUUCAGUUUAAAGUUCAGGCCACAGACUCUGGUGUUCCUCCGCUCAGCAGCAACGUGACUGUGAACGUUUUGAUCCUGGAUGAGAAUGACAAUAGUCCUACGGUUCUUUCUCCAUACUCUGAGCACGGCUCCGUUAACAGUGAGAGCAUCCCCUAUUCUGCAGAAGCGGGAUACUUUGUGGCAAAGAUCAGGGCUGUAGACGCAGACUCUGGAUACAACGCGCUGCUUUCUUAUCACCUCUCUGAGCCCAAAGGAAACAACCUCUUCCGGAUCGGAACCAGCACCGGGGAAAUCAGGACUAAGAGGAGAAUGAGUGACAAUGACCUGAAAACUCACCCCUUGGUGGUGCUGGUUUCUGAUAACGGAGAACCCUCCCUGUCAGCUACUGUGUCUAUAGAUGUGGUGGUGGUUGAGAGCACAGCUGACAUCCAGACUCAGUUCAGACAUGUGCCCACAAAGGACGAUGGCUUCUCUGAUUUAAACCUGUAUCUGCUGAUCGGCAUCGUGUCGGUGUCAGCCAUCUUUCUGCUGAGCCUCAUCACCUUAAUAGCUGUCAAAUGCCACAGGACAGACAGCAGCUUCAGCAGGUACGGUGCCCCAAUGAUCACCACCCACCCUGACGGGAGCUGGUCUUACUCUAAUGCUACUCAGCAGUAUGACGUCUGCUUCAGCUCAGACACGCUCAAGAGUGACGUAGUGGUUUUCCCCGCACCGUUUCCGCCUGCAGAUGCGGAGCUGAUCAGUAUUAAUGGAGGAGACACUUAUAACAGGACUCAGACUUUACCCACCAAGGAGAAGGUGAGUGAACAGUGAAAGUGUUAUCUUAUGUUAUUAUUCUCGAGGGUUGUGGUUGAGAACAUGCUGCUUCUCGUUUCCUUCGUUGUAUAUAUGAAGACAAUUCACAACGAUGCAACGACUUAUGGUUACAUUUGUAAAUAUGUUGUGUGCGUUAUGUUGUAGUAUAUAGGCCAAGGCAACGAUAAUAGUGAAGUUAAAAACAAUGCGACCUUCAGUAAUUAUUUUGAGACCCUAACUGCAAUAUGUGUGUGUCGUUGUCCAUGGUGCUGAACUCCUCACCACAGUGUGUGUGGUUUCUGCGCUAAAAAGAGGGCAACACUUUUUUUGCGGGUGUCAUCAUCCAUAUUCACCUGACAUCUCUUGCAGUUCUUUAUAUGUAUUAAUGCAUGAUGUGUACCAGAGGUAUGCUCUCCAAAUAAAUUAAUCUUUAAUUUGUGGAUUUAGAGAACAAAACAGAAAUGUUUUAUUCCUUAUUUGCAUUUUCUUGUAUAUACUUUUCUAUUACAAGUUGUCUAUAAAUACGUGGCCUAAAUAAGGGGAAUCAAGCAUAUUUUUGUGAUUUAUGACUUAUACUUAGUACAGAAGUAUGUAGGUUAUUUCUGUGUUUUGUUGUGAGUGUAGUUAUUUCACAUGACCACAUGAGGACAUUGCAGACCAUCACAUUUUGAUCUUCCUCUUUGUUGCUUGAGGCUCCUCCCAGAAUCAGAUGAUGAGGAGGAGGAUGUUUCUCAGGGCUUUGUUACAAAGAGACGCAGUACAGGAGUAGACUGUGUAGCCAUCGUUUAGUCAGUGUUUCAUACAAAGAACGAUAUUGUUCUGAAUUUUCAAGCGGGAUUUUGGAGACUGGAAUCCAUAUGCUCUGUUCACUUUGGAUAACAAUAUGUCGACGCGGAGGAUACGCAACUCAUUCGGGAUUUAUAUAGUCGUUGUUCUCCUGGAUUGUUGCUGGGAAGCGGUGUCCGGGCAGCUCUCUUACUCCGUGUCAGAGGAGGUAAACCCGGGGACUUCAGUGGGAAAUCUCGCAAAAGAUCUAAACCUUAAUGUCCAGGACUUGGAGGCGCGUAUGUUUCAGAUCGUCAGUGGAUCAAAGAGAAAAUAUUUUGACGUAAAUCUGAAAACGGGUGUUCUUUUCGUCAAUGAGAGAAUAGACCGUGAGGAGCUUUGUGCGAAGGCUACAAAAUGCACCGUCAAUGUAGAGGCCGUGAUCAACAAUCCGCUGAAGCUGUAUCGUUUAGAGAUAAAUGUGCUCGAUAUUAAUGACAACGCACCACUUUUCUCUGAGGAUUUGCAGUCGCUAAACAUUGCAGAAAGUACAGCGCCGGGAGGGAAAUUUGGAUUUAUCGGGGCGUCAGAUCUCGACGUUGGUAAGAACAGCGUGAGCACAUAUAGGCUGAGUCCAAAUGAUUAUUUUUCUUUAGAGAUUCUCAAGGGAGGAGACAGCGUGUCUGCUAAGCUUGUGCUUCAGAAAGCUUUAGACCGAGAGACACAGCCUGCAAUAAAACUCACCGUGACCGCAGUUGACGGAGGAAACCCACCCAAGUCAGGGACAUCCUUGAUUAUUAUAAAUGUUUUAGACAUUAAUGACAAUGCUCCGAAUUUCAGUAGCUCUUUAUACAAGGCACGCAUUUAUGAGAAUUUACCAAUAGGUACAACUGUUAUAGUUUUAAAUGCAUCAGACGCAGAUGACGGCUUGAAUGCUGAAAUCGAAUAUUCCUUUAGGAGUAAAGGUCAAGAUCAGGUUUUAGAUUUGUUCCAAAUGGACUCAAAAACAGGUGCGAUUUUAGUGAAAGGUAAAAUCGACUAUGAGGAAAAUCCUGUGUUUGAGAUUCAUGCACAAGCCAGCGACAAAGGCCAGCCCCCGAUGUCUGCAGAUUGUAAGGUGCUGGUAGAAGUGGUGGAUCUCAAUGACAACGCUCCUGAGAUCACUGUGACGUCACUACUAAAUACAGUGAAUGAGGACGCUGAAGUAGGUACUGCUAUUGCACUUGUUUCUGUCCUGGAUAAAGAUGGUGGGAAAAACGGGGCAGUUAAAGCUGUGAUUUCAAACGAUGUCCCCUUUAAACUGGAAACCAAUUAUAAAAAUUAUUACUCUUUAGUUGUUAGUGAUCCGAUUGACAGAGAAUCUCAGGCUCACUACAAUGUUACUAUCAUAUCAACUGAUGAAGGGACUCCACCUCUCUCCAGCACCAACAUAGUUAUUGUUCAUGUGUCUGAUGUUAAUGAUAACCCACCUCGCUUCUCAGAGCCACUGGUUAAUGUUUAUGUGAAAGAGAACAGUCCAGUAGGAGCAAUUAUCAAGACUGUGACUGCAACUGAUAUUGAUAUUAAUCAAAAUGGACAAGUGAGCUAUUCAUUUCUUAAAAGUAACAGUGACACGUUACCAUUUUCUGCAAUGGUUAACAUCAACUCAGAGACAGGAGAUAUAAUCAGUCUGCAGUCGUUUAACUUCGAGGAGUUGAAAACGUUUCAGUUUAAGGUUCAGGCCACAGACUCUGGUGUUCCUCCGCUCAGCAGCAACGUGACUGUGAACGUUUUUAUCCUGGAUGAGAAUGACAACAGUCCCACGGUUCUUUCUCCAUAUUCUGAGCACGGCUCCGUUAACAGUGAGAGCAUCCCCUAUUCUGCUGAAGCAGGAUACUUUGUGGCAAAGAUCAGGGCUGUAGACGCA